AUGGCUGCCGUUUACAAGACAGUGACUAAGAAGAAGCCUCGGCAAAUUGCCGAAGAUCAGGAUGAGGUAGACGUGGAGAUGGAAGAUCUCCUCGCUGGAGCCGAUGAUACAAGCGACAGCGACGAAGACGAAGAUGAGCAUACUGCGGAAUCGGCCAAGAAGCAGCUGGCCGCUGGAUUCAUGCCCAAGACUCGUGUUCUUAUGUUGACCUCAAGAGGUGUGACAUAUCGGUAUGUUGAGGGAUUUCGCGAACUCGGACUUACUUUUCAGACACUGACGAGCGAUUCUAGCCACCGGCACUUGCUCUCCGAUCUCUGCGCUUUGCUCCCUCACACGCACAAAGAAAGCAAAUUAGAUACGAAAAAGAAGACGGCCGGUUACAAUCUACUCUUGAACUCCCUCGCAGACCUCCACUCAUGCAACGUCAUUUUCUUCCUCGAAGCACGUAAGCGCGGUCAAGAUUUGUAUCUGUGGCUGGCUCGUCCUCCCAAUGGACCUACGAUCAAGUUUCACGUCACAAACCUGCACACGAUGGGCGAAUUGAACACUGGAUUUAGUGGUAACUGUUUGAAGGGUGGCCGUGGCAUUGUCGUUUUCGAUCGGUCGUUUGACGAGCAGGGUCCGGUGAUGAGCAGCCCAGGAAACGAGUACCGCGGAUUGAUCAGGGAAAUGCUGCGUGGAGUUUUUUGUGUGCCCAAGCGUGGUGUCAAGGGCAUGAAGCCUUUUAUUGACCGUGUCAUCGGUGUCUUCGGUGUGGAUGGCAAGAUUUGGAUUCGCGUCUAUGAGAUUAGAGAGUCCGAAGGUGGAGCCAAAAAGGACGAGGAGAACAGCAAGCCCGCGCCCAAGGGCAAGAAUGCUGAACCUGAGAUCUCCCUCGUUGAGAUUGGACCUCGUUUCGUCCUUACGCCAAUUGUCAUCCUUGAAGGCAGUUUCGGUGGCCCUGUCAUCUACGAGAACAAGGAGUAUGUGAGCCCCAACCAGGUCCGUAGUGAGAUCCGUUUGAGCAAGGCUGCGCGGUACGCGAAACGUCGGGAUGUUCAAACCAAUUUGAUUUCGAAGCGCUCUACGUUGGGUUUGGCAGAAGGCGAGAGGAAGCCAGGUCCUCUCGACAAUAAGAGCCUCUUUUCUUAA